AUGUUGAUGCAGUUAUUUAAAAGGCCCAAUUGCCUGCUUAAUCGCAGGAAUCGAUACCAGCUGCUGACUACGCUGUUGAUUAAUGUCAUAUCCAUAUCCCAUGGCAUUGGCAUUGGAUGGCUGUCGCCCACAUUGAGGAAUCUGCAAUCCGACUCCCCAGUGGGUUUUGAGGUCAGGUCCGAGUUCGAGAUCUCAUGGGUGGGCUCCAUGUUGGGAAUGGGUUCGGUGACGGGCAAUAUUCUGAUAGGGUCCCUGCUCGAGCGCCUGGGAAGCAAAAGGUGUCUGCUGUUCAUUGCCAUUCCUCACUCGUGCCUGUGGAUCCUGGUCUACUUUGCCCAGAGUGUUGAGUACCUGUAUGUGGGAAGACUUCUAGCUGGCAUCUGUGGCGGAGGCAUGUACAUUGUUCAUCCCAUUUUCCUCAGUGAAAUAUCAGAUGCCAACAUCCGAGGAACAUUCUCCGCCAUGGUGAUGUUAUCGGUCAAUGUGGGCAUACUAGUGGGCUAUAUAAUGGGCACCCACAUGUCGUACUACUCUAUACCCUGGAUAGUGCUGAUAUUGCCGCUGUGCUACCUCAUUUCCGUAUUGCUGUUCAUUAAGGAGUCACCCAUGCAUCUGAUAAGAAUUGGCAAGUACUCAGCAGCUGAAAGAUCAUUUAGGUACUAUAAGAACAUCAAGGACUCUGAUAAUAUUCACGACCAGAACAAAGCUAUGGAGGAGUUUGAGAUCAUGAAAAUUGCUUUGACGAAAGGAGAUCCUUUGCAGGAUGCCAUCACUUUUAAGGACUUUUGCUCAAGACCCGCUCUCAGAGCCUAUGGUCCCGCCUUGGUUCUGCUGAUUGCCAAUCAGUUCAGCGGACUCUUUACCAUGGUCAACUACAUGUCGGAUAUAUUCGCCAGGUCGGGCAGCACAAUGGAUCCCAAUACCUGCACCAUCAUCAUAGGAGCUGUCCAAAUUCUGGGCACUUAUGUGACCACUUUGCUUUGUGACAUUUGUGGGCGCAAGCUCCUUAUGUUGGUAUCCACGGGGGGCGUGGCUAUUAGCCUAACAGCCUUUGGUUUUUUCACCAAAUAUGCCGAAACUCAUGACGUUAGCGAAUAUAGUUGGAUACCCCUGCUCUUCAUGUCAAUGGACAUUUUCCUGGGCAACAUUGGACUUGUGGGCUGCUUCUUUGUCACCCUCGUGGAAAUGUUUCCUGUGAAGAUUCGUGCCAAGGCCGCCUCAAUGGCAAUUGUGGUCUGCAGCAGCUUUGUCUUCGUCAUGCUAAACAUUUUCCCCAUUUGCAUGAAACAGUGGGGUAUUUCUGCCACUAUGUGGUCGUGUGCAGGUGUCACAGCAUUGAGUUUCGUUUACUUUACAUAUUUCAUGAAGGAAACCAAGGGAAAAUCUAUGUUGGAUGACUGACGAAGAGUGUGAAAUUGGGAUUUCAAUAAAGCGAUAACAUCAAAUCAA